AUGAAAGUCGAACACAUUUCUUUCAAUUUCACCAAACCGGGGCCUCUUGAAGGCACCAUCAACAACGCCACGCCUUCCAUCUCCUGGAAGUUUUCUGGAUCAGAGGAAAAGUGGCAGCAGGCUUCUUAUCAAAUCAAGAUACGCUCAGGAAACGAAACCCAAUGGAAGGAGUUUCCCGCCGUCAGCUCCAAUAACAACCUCUUCGUCACGUGGCCCGGCGAACCGUUGAAGUCCAGAGCCUCUUUCGAUCUCAGCGUCAGAGUCCAAGGUCAGGAUGGAGAUUUUUCAGAAUGGAGUGAACCAGUUCAUGGUCAGGUUGGAGUUUUGUCUCAUCAGGAGCAAUGGCCUGCUAAGUUUAUUGCCAUGGAGAACCAGCCCCGUGAAGACGGAAAAACCGCUCCGGAGACGUUGUUCCGCAAAUGCUUCUCCAUUUCGAAAAAGGUCAAAUCAGCCAAGGUCUUCAGCACAGGCUUGGGAAUCUACAACCUCGAGCUCAACGGAAAGAAGGUUGCGGACGAUUUUCUCAACCCCGGCUGGACCACCUACGAAAAGCGCUUGUUGCACCAGUUUUACGAUGUCACAGAUUUGGUGAAAUCUGGCUCAAACGUGAUUGGUGCCAGGGUCGGUGCAGGGUGGUAUCUGGGCCAGUUUGGUUUUGACGGAGGUGCCGUGAACAUUUACGGCGAAAAAAGGGCCAUCAGCUUGUUUGUGGAGGUCACCUACGAGGAUAAUUCUACAGAAACGGUGUGUUCAGACGAUUCCUGGAACGCAUCGUAUGGACCCAUUGUUGCUGCUAGCUUGUACGACGGAGAAACGUACGAUGCUGCUAAAGAGAUUCCUGGCUGGUCCUCGGAUGCUUCUAUAGCCGGCUGGGCCGGUGUGGACGUGGUGGACUUUGAUACUGCCAAAAUAGAGCCCCAGUCAAGAAUUACUGCCAGGGUUCUUCCACCCACGCCAAAAGGGAAAACGGUGCUUGAUUUUGGCGAAAACAUCGUUGGAGUGCCCCGCUUCACGAACAUCAAAGCUAAAAGAGGGUACAAGGUUACCUUGAGGUUUGCUGAGGUCAUGGAGCACGGUGAAUUGGGAACCAGGCCUUUGAGAACCGCCAAGUGCACAGACGAAUACACCUUCAAAGGCGACGAAAACGGAGAGCUGUACCAGCCACAUUUUACCUUUCAUGGAUUCAGAUACUGCGAGGUGGAGGAUCCUGAAAAUGUGCUUGAUUUGGAGAAGCUCGAGGCCGUGGUUAUUUCAACCAACGCCAAGCAGAUCGGCUCUUUUGAGUGUGACAACGCCUUGUUGAACCAAUUGCACAGCAACGUGAUCAGAAGUACCAGGGGAAACUUCAUCACGCUUCCUACAGACUGUCCACAGCGUGACGAGAGAAUGGGAUGGACUGGCGAUAUUGCCGUGUUUGGAAAAACGGCUGCUUUUCUUUUGGACUGUUCCUCGAUGUUGGACAGCUUUUUGAAGGAUUUGUGGAGCGAGCAGCAAAUCAGAACCUCAGGUCCUUGGCCUCAUGCACCUGCUGUGGUUGUUCCGGACGUUGUGAAGCAUUUGGGUCAUUUUUGGGAAAACCAGAUCAGUGCUAUCUGGCAGGACUGUGCCGUUAUUUUGCCCUUUUCGUUGUACAAGGCCACCAACAGCACUGCUUUAUUAAGGCAGCAGUACGAGAGCAUGGAGACAUGGAUCGAGUGUCUUCCCAGAUUGAAGGAUCAGAUGUUGUGGGACAGAACCAACGUCUUUUUGCAGUUGGGAGACUGGUUGGACCCUGCUGCUCCUCCAGAAAGACCUGCUGACGGAAAUACAGACAAUUACCUCGUGGCCAAUGCGUUUUUCUACCACGUUUUGGCCAGCAUGGUGACCAUAAGUGAGAAGGUCUGUCCAGAAAAUGUCUCCAAGUACCAAAAAAUGGCUAGCCAGUGUAAGAAAGAUUGGCUCAGCGAGUACUCCCGGGAAAACGGCCAAUUGCUGAGUGAUUCGGAAACCGCCUAUUCGCUUGCCAUUUGUUUUGGGCUCUACGAUACCGAAAAGCAGGUCAAAUUUGCCGGCAACCGUCUUUCGGAACUCGUCAAAAAAGCCAACUACACCAUCGGAACCGGUUUUGCUGGAACACCCUUCAUUUUGCCAGCCUUGUUCUCCACAGGACACUACGAAGAAGCCUUUGCCAUGCUUCUCGCCAAAGAAUGCCCAUCGUGGCUUUAUCCUGUCAGCAUGGGAGCUACAACGAUCUGGGAAAGAUGGAACUCGAUGAUGCCCGAUGGAACCAUCAAUCCUGGCGAAAUGACGUCUUUUAACCAUUACGCUUUGGGUGCCGUUGCCAGCACGAUGCACGAAAUCAUUGGCGGUUUGGAAAUUGUCGAACCUGGCUACAAGAAGUUCAAGGUUUGUCCACAUCCAGGCAGAAACUUGAAGAAGUGCCAUGUUGAGCAUGAGUCUCCGUUUGGGUUGGUUUCCUCAAAAUGGGUGGUUUCUGGGGAUGAGUUCACGUUGGAAGUGACUGUUCCGCCUAACACCACGGCGGUUAUCGAAUUGCCUGAUGGAAGCUCCGAGGAGCACGGAUCUGGAAAGUACACCUUGGCGUGUAAAUGUGGCUAUUGCACGAAAAAAGACCUUAUUUGCGAGUACCAGACGCUCCAGAAACCAGGGCUUCCUUCUGGAUAUGGAGCUUCCAUGUUGGAGAAACUCGGCAAUAUUGAAGACUCCAUUACGCUGAGAAGCGAUUCGGUGAGCCUGGAAUUACAGGCGAUUUUUGCCACCGUCCGGUCCUUGGAGUCCAAGGUGCUGCAAAUGUUGGAAAACCAGCCCACGUUGGACCAUCCAGCCGAUCGCCAGAUUGAGCCAGAAACAUGGAUGAACGGACACGAGAAUAACGCGUCUGGCUUGCUGCAAAAUGGCGAAACUGAAAACCCGAAACAAAACGGAAAUGGCACCACAGAAGCUCCAUCUAAGGUCGUCCCGUCAGUAUCUGUAUUCACAGAGUUGGUCGAUAUCUUCCACGUCAACAUCUACCCAGGGUUCCGUGUGAUCCACCCGUCGCUAAGGCCCCGGCUCAUAGAAGAAUACGCCAUUCUGCUCUCCAACGACCCCAGUGGUGCCGAAAUCCUGCCCCAUUUGCUUGGAAUCGUGUUGGUUGGUAUUCCUUUCAUGAAACACCGGCUCUCACAGCACCAGUUUGACACUUUCCAGACCCACUGCCGCUCCACGAUUCUCGAAAAAUGCAUCUCCAUCACGCUGAUCGAGCAUCUCCAGGCAAUGGCGCUUUUAACCUUCGAUCUGUUCGGAAGAUCCAACGAUCCGCUUACGUGGAGCUACAUUGCGUUGAUUUCAGCUGCUGUUAUCCAUUUGGGCCUCACGAAAGAGCACAAAGAUGACGAAAAACGUGUUGGUUCCCCAGAGGCCCUGAUAGACGGACCUACUCCUAAAAAACCAAGGAUCAUCACCCCACAGAGCAUUUCCUCGCUACGGAAAACAGUGACGCUGUUUGAGGAAGAGUGCGAGCGAAACUUGUUCUGGGAGAUUUUCCUCUUGGACAGGCUAUCCAGCGUUUCAAACUCGUUUCCUUGCAAAAUCGACGAAGACGAAAUCGAGCGGCAGCUUCCUCUACGUGACGACAUGUGGACCAGACUGAUGCGAUGGGAGACCGGUCGCAAAUUGAACGAUUCGCCGACGCCGCAACUCAAUGAAAAUCACGACUCGGCUGCUUAUUUGGUGGAAAUCGUCGCCAAGUUGGGCAAAAUACACACAUUUCUUCGGAAACCAUUCGACAUCGGCGACGUUAAGCAGGUAUUGGCUUGGCAGAUGAAGUUUUCAGAGCUAAGCGCCGAGAUCCUGCUUUGGAAAAGCCAGUUGCCUGAAACCUACCAGACGUUUUUGGAGACACGGCAGUUUGCUUUUGAAAAGGAGCUCACGGUGAAAGACAGUUUACUUUUCUCCAUCUACCACAUGACGAUCAUCAGACUCCACUCCUCCGUCGGCUACCAGAACUUCGACUCAGACUAUAUCCUUUUUUCCAGUAUGGCCAGAUCCAAGUGCCUCGAGUCGGCCCACAAUAUAGCAGCCUACUCCAUGAAAAUCCCGAUCUCAUCUGCCUACACCAAAAACGACCCCUGGGCAAUUUGUGGACCAUACUACGGCUUUGCGAUCUGGGUUGCUGCACGAUUACUACUUGUCAAUGCUAUUCGAUCAGAAGAAGACUUUUGCACGGAUUUGGACCAACUUCUUCAGGCGCUUUCUCAUAUAGGCUCGCAAUGGAGGAGCUCAGCAAAGUACAAGGAGAUCAUCGACUUGCUCAAGAAAGAAGAGUCCGAGUACAGAGCCAACGGACAGAGUGUGUUCACGAUAGACCCCUCUUUGAAAGUGGAUGGGAAAGAUGGAGAAUCUCUUCUUUCUCUCCAUCCUGAGAGCUCUCGUCUCCUUUCCGAUAUGCGUUUCAAUGCCUACAGUCUCGACGUAAUCUUGUCCAAGAAGAUUGAGCAAAAUAAGAAGGACGGAAUAUCGAUUUCUCCCCACAACCAAACAGACUUUUCGAACUUCUUCCAGUGGUUCCAAAUUCCAAUUAAUGAGCUCCAUGGUGUACCAGCUAACCCGUUCACAGACCUAUACCUGUCAUAG